AUGGCUGAACGCCGCUUAGUUUUCGACGUGUCUGAACUCAAGAAGGUAGCUGCGAAAGCACUGAACAGACCAGCUACGGACGUGAUAGCGGUACAAAAGAUCGCCGAAGGCGGUUUUAAUCGCAUUCUCGAAGUAACAAUGAACGAUGACUCGUCGGUACUUGCCCGUCUUCCAUACCCAGCAACCUUACCACGACGCCUGGCAGUAGCGAGUGAAGUCGCAACGCUGGACUUCCUCCGCACUAACGGAAUACCUGUACCUCGCGUUCUGGACUACUCGACUGGCGAAAACUCUGUCGGUGUAGAAUAUAUGCUGAUGGAAAGAUCACCGGGAAAGCCUCUCAGUGAUAUCUGGUUCAGCUUAGCCGAAGAGGAAAGAUGCCAGAUUUUGCACAAAAUAGUUUUGUUGGAAACUAAGCUCUUCGCUAUCAAACUGCCAGCCAAUGGUAGCAUCUACUAUACUCGCGAUCUGCCUCCAAACAGCCCUCGAAUAGACCUGCCGGGAUCCAAUAGCGGUUUAUGCGUGGGACCAUACGUGUCCACGCGAUGGUGGUAUCGAGAACGAGGAGAUCUAGAGAUUGACCGAGGUCCUCGUAAGUUCUUGCAACUCAUAUUUGGAAACCAGCUGAGUCUGGUUCACGUAGAUAUCGAUCCUCAGCUCGUUCUUCGAAGUCAUGCCGAGAAGGAGUUGGCGUGGAUCCGCAAAUACGGAGGGCCACGAUACCCAUUUUAUCGCGAAUACGCUGAGUCGUUUGGAUACAAGAAGCAAGACCCUCAAGACCACGUCCAGUCGCUAGAAGACUACAUGCGCCUCGUACCUCACCUCGUACCUAAAGACGCGACAGUGCAUUCGCCCACCCUCCGGCAUCCAGAUCUCUCUCCUAAUAACAUCCUUGUAUCUGACGAUCUUCAAAUCACCGGCUUCAUCGACUGGCAGCACUCCGAAGUUCUCCCUGCUUUCCUCGCCGCGGACAUACCAGCGGCAUUUGCAAACUACGCAGACGAAGAGUCUCGAAGCUUUACGGAGCCCAAACUACCGGAAAAUCUUUCUUCUAUGGCUGGAAAUGAGCGUGCUGAGGCAGAAGAACUGUAUCGCCGACGACACAUACAUUUCUGGUACCUUGGCCUCACUCAAAUGCUGAACGAGCCUCAUUGGCAGGCUUGUACACACGACGGAACUUUCAUGACACGUCAGAUAUUUCACGAUGCCGGCGCUCCAUGGGAAGGUGACAAUGCUCAUCUCCAGAUCGGUAUCGCGGAUGUUGUGGAAAAAUGGCCAGUAUUUGCAUCUGCCGCCGGAGACGGCACGGUGAUGCCAUGCCCCAUUGUCAUAUCCAAGCAAGAGAUGCAGAGAAGAGCAGAUAUGCGGAAGUCACUGCACGAAGGCAACAUGUUUAGGGAAGAAUUAUGCGAGGAAUUGGGUAUAUCCCAUAGCGGAUAUACAUCGCACGAAGGCUUUGACUUCGCGAAGGAAAAAGCAAGCAAGGCAAAGGAAUGCAUAGUGGACGACCUGAAGGACGACCCGGAGGAAUUAGAGAGGGCCUUACUUACUUGGCCUUUUGAUGACUAUGACGAGAAUGAAUAA